AUGACGGACGAGGACUCACCAAUUAUUGAUUUGUAUCCAGUAGACUUCCGUAUCGAUCUUAAUGGAAAGAAGUUUGCUUGGCAAGGUGUUGCACUAUUGCCUUUUGUUGAUGAAGACCGCCUGCUCAAAACACUGGAAACAGUGCAACACACAUUGACCGAGGAAGAGAAAGCUCGUAAUACUACCGGUCCUGAUCGAAUAUUUAUCGGUAGAAAUCACCCGGCUUUCGACUUCUUCAAGGAACUUUACUCUAACAACAACGGAGGUGAAAACUCUGUCGACAUUGAUCCUGCAUUUACAUAUGGUAUAAGUGGGAGGAUAACUGCCGACAAAACGGCUCUUGCUCCGGAUUUGCCGUUUCCCUCUCCCGUCAAUGACAAAUCAUGUCCCGAUUUGCCGGUGAACGGAGCAUUGAUGGUUAUUUAUCAGGAUCCCCAGUAUCCUAAAGGAUUCAUUUUUCCUGCAAGGCGAUUGGAGAAUGCGAAAGAAAUACCUCGUACACUCCGAGAUUACGGCAGGACUGGCUCAGAUUAUCGUCCACAAAUAGGGUUCACCAGAGACGUACCAGGUCGAGCAAGCCUUGAUAAUUCUGCCCAUCGCUUCAUUCAGCACAACGCCAGAUCUGACAAUCGCAGCUAUGAAGGCGAUCGUAACAAUGGCGGCGGUCCAGGAAGAGGAUACGAUGGCGGAAGAGGAGGCUAUCAAGGUGGUGGCUUCAAUCGCGGUGGGUUACGGUGCAGGCCAGAAUGGAGCGUACGCCAGUGGAGGAUAUCGUCGGUUACGGUGGCGCACAAGCAAGGGGUUAUUCUAAUUCUGGGUAUGGUAACCAAGCGCCUCGAGGAGGAUACAGGGGAGAUCUCCCUAGAGGACGAGGUGGCGGAUACUCCGGCCCGGGUGGGCAGCGUCCACCAUGGCGUUAAUUUUGGUGUCUGUUGUUAUGACAAUUACCGUUUUUGUUGGCAUUUAGUCUACUUUCUACUUUGUAUUGUAAUUACAUCAUCCAGGAUGACAUAA